AUGAUCACGGCUCGCCGGAAAGAAGGGAUUUCUCUGACUCUUCUCCUGUCGAGACGCAUCUCGUCCUCCUUCGUUUCCUCACGUUCUUCUCUCUCUUCUUCACUUCUUCUCUUCCACCUCGUUUUCUUCUCUUUUUCAUACACGGUUUUCUACAAGCCUGGCACCGGCCUCUCUCUCGCUCUGCGGCCGUCUCCUCCCCAUCCUCCUCUUUCUUCUUUCUUUUCUUCCUCCUUUACUUCUCCCUGUCCUGCUUCAGUUGCUUCUCCUUCUUCUCCUUCGCCUUUUUCUUCUUCUCCUCUCUCGUUCUCCGUUCCUCUCCCUCGCUUGCAUCGUCCGUCGACUGCGUCGCGCCUCUGGACCUUUCCUCGCCUCUCCGUCCGGAAUCGGCGACAUGAUUCUCUUCUUCGCUCGCGCAGAUGUUUGCAGAAGGCGAGGAGGAGCGAGAGGAGGGGGAGAGACAGCAGAACUCUUCUCCUCUUUCUCUCUUCUGUAGGUACAGCCGAGUGCCCGAGCGGCUGUGGGCGCCGCCCCAGAGGCCCUGCGAGUCUGGACAGGUGGAAAGCGAAACAAUACCGGCACUCCCAUCUCUCCGCGUCUCCUUGCGCGUCGCCACUGUUCUCUUCGUCAUCCUUUCUGUUUCGAUCUUCCUCGCUUUCCUCGCCUCCCCUUUCUCUUGAUGCGGCUUCGUUUGCGUCUUCUCCCGUACUCUUCCGACGCCGUCUUCCUUCGGCGUCUUCUCUCUCUUCUGUCUCUUCUCUCUCUGCUUCCUCUUCUCUCUCUUCUUUCUCUUCUCUCUCUUCUUUUCUCUCCCCCUUUUCUUUGCCUUUGGCAUUUCCGUCCGGUUCGUCUUCAUCUUCUUCGUUCCCUUUCUCUUCCUCUUCUCUCGGUCUUCAACAUCGCUCGGGGGUGACGCCUCACGUGAGGCCUACGGAGGAGACGAUCGAAACAGUUGAGAUUUCAGAUGGCCUUUUGACUGAAGAAGAAGAGCAGAAGGCCCACUAUCCGUUCGUAGACGCCCCGUUGAAUUUGCUGGUUGACCCUACUCCUCUACGAAAGGAAAUGGAGGCGCGGCAACGCAGGCGACAGCGUCUGUCUCUUCUCCAGAGCCUUGCGGCUUCUCCCCUCUCUCCGCAGGCUCAGCAUGCGCUCCAUGUCUCACGACAGAGCGACUCGACAAACACAGCGACAGAUGCGGGAGAGGAAACCGAGACUCCAGGAGACAGCGAGACAGAGUGUGAAGCCGUCGACCCAGUACCCCCAGACGUCAGAACGGAUUUAGUUGAGCUCGACCGCUUCUGCCCAGGCUUGGGUCCAUGGCCCUCGACGGCGGAUCUUCAGCGUCUGAACGCGACCUACGAUCGUCUUCCAGGCACACUCCACGAAGAUACGAACUCGGAGCUCCACUACAGUGCAGAAGUGAAAACCAUUGCAGAAGCGCAACUCGAAUUCGAACGCUGGCGACCGCGAAUGGGUCUCGAUCGUCUCUACUGGGUUCUCGAUGCCGACGAAGAGGCGCAGCUUCCGCCACACUUCCUCAAGCGAUAUAAGGCCGUCCGGCGCCAGCUGCUGCCUCCGCCUCGUCAACAGUUUGCCCAGUGGCUUGGCGAGAACUACGUUUCGCCUGAUGAGCCUCUUCCAGAGGUCGGCAUUCCCGAAGAGGAGGAAGAGUCCACAAUUGCACCCGGCAUGCUGAGAUUCAUGGAAAGUUCCUACACGUACACCCCACCUCUCUCGCCAAUCGACGGAGAGGUGGACAUGUACGACGACCCUCCUGACGCUCCGUGGCGUCGCCGCGUCGAGAGUAAAAUCAGACGCGCCGUCGAGUGGGGAUUUCCCGAGCGCGUCAGGCCGUACCGGACAGGCUUCACGACUUACGACAUCAGCUGGUACGCCGGCACUCUGGACGUUGUGGUGAUGAUUCUUCCGGGACCGUCUCCGCCCGCGGCCAAGCUGCUUUCUCUCCAAGAUCUGAAACGGUUCAGACAACUCAUUGGAGAUAUGCUGGACGAACUGGAGGACAAAGAGCAACUCUACGUGACGAGGAACCACCAGAUUGUCGUUUCCUCCCUCCCCCUUGGAGCGGAACGAAGGCUUCUUUGCUGCCGCAAGGACUUCAACCUCUUUGCGGGCUCAGAGUGUACCUUCAUGUUUGAUCGCCAGGCGUCGGCUGUCCUCAACUCACUUUCUGAGGAGACAGCGGCUCUGCUGUUGGAGGAGUGUGCAGAAACCGUCGCUGCUGCCCGCCGAAGUAAGGCGUUCUUUCUUGCGGGGAUCCUUUUCUCAUUGUCUUCUUCCCUUUUUUGUCUUGUUUCCUUCUUUUUGGGUAUCCGCUUCUCGACGAGAGCAGCAAGGCUGUGGGGUGCGAGUUCCUGGGGGCGGAGCCUUGGAGCUUCUCGCUCCCGCGCUACCAUCGCUGAACAUCUGUGGCGCCUGCAUCCUGAACGGAUGCUAAACGCCGACUGUGGGGGACUUCUUCAACUAGCUCGUGGAAGGUAG